AUGGCUCCGCUAAAAGCGCGCAAACCGGCGGCUGUCAUCUUCGACUUAGUGGCCACCGCGACCAAGUCUUUCUUCAUCGAUGAAAUUCUCUUUCCGUACAUCAAGCAGAACGCUAAAAAGUACCUCGUGGAGAACUGGUCAAACGAAGUCGUUCAGAACGAUGUGACGCUGAUGCGAAAGGCCUCAAAGAAGGACGAGACGGCGCCGAAGAUCGCCGAUCCGAACGAGGACGCCGGCAAGGUGCAGGAGAGUGUCGCCAAGUACGUCACCCACUGUCUGGACGAGAAGAAGGACAACGAGGGCAUGACGCUGUUCCGCUUUCACGUCAUCUUUGACGGCUACGCCAAGGGCCGCCUGGAGACGCCCCUGUACACGGAUGUGGCCGUGCAGAUGCACCACUGGGUGGUGGAGGACAAGGUGAAGCUGUACCUGUUUAGCAACGGCUGGAAGGAGGCCACCAAGCGCUACCUCGCCAAGACUAGUAAGGGAGACAUGAAUCUCCUCAUUGCCGAUCACUUUGACACUGAGGAGGGCCAACUCACUGAUCCGGCAACCUUUAAGAAGAUUGUCGGCAAAAUCAAACAAGCCCCGGAGAAUGUUCUCUUCCUCACACACUGUUCGCAAGAGGCGAUGGCCGCAAAGAAG